AUGGUGCGAAAAUUGAAAUUCCAUGAGAAAAAGCUGCUCAAGAAGGUGGAUUUCUUCAACUGGAAGGAAACGAACAGCUUGCACGAAUCCAAGGUGAUGCGCAAGUACCACCUGCAGAAACGUGAAGAUUACACCGCUUACAACAAGGUGGCUCGGAACGUUCGUGAGCUAGCAAAAAAGAUUGCUGACAUCGAUCAAAAGCACCCGUUCCGGACGGAGCUGAGUGCGUUGCUACUGGAGAAGCUCUACGUAUUGGGUGUGAUACCGACCAAGUGGGAUCUGGAGAAUGCAAGCACCAUCAGCGCAUCAUCGUUCUGCCGUCGCCGGCUUCCGCUCGUGCUGGUGAGAAACAAAAUGUCGGAAAAUGUAACGCACGCGACGAAAAUGGUCGAGCACGGGCACGUGCGAGUCGGUGUAGAGGUUGUGAAGGAUCCGGCCUUUCUGGUACCCCGUACGCUGGAAGAUUUCAUCACAUGGGUGGACGGUUCCGCCAUCCAGAAGCAUCUGAUGGAGUAUAACGAUAUGAGAGAUGAUUUUGAGAUGUAA